AUGGAUUCCCCUGAAACGUUAGAGGUCAUCGAUGCUACCGUUAGGGAGAACUACAUGCUGGGUUGUGCUACUCCGGUCCUCAUAACGUACGGGAUGCCUGACUGGAUGAUGUUUCCAAGUGGACCGUCACCGCCGAUAACAAUUGCUACGACAGCUGACCUUGUCAGUUUAAUUAGCAGGAGACUCCCGCUUAGUGAGAUAACACUUCUUGUUACAUUUGGAGCUAAGAAUGUUGCUGAGUUCCAGUUCCUCUGUCGUUCCGAUUUCACCAUUGGCUCAUCAACCUACAUGGUCGGUGAUGGUCAGGAUGAAAGGGCUAGAGCGAGAUACGAGAGCUUGGUAUUGGGUGAGAGGCUUGUUACUAGUGAGAGGGUGAUGAAUGAGAUAUUUGGAGAGCAAGAGAUGCUUAUCCUCCACCGUGUUGCGCUGGAGAUUGGACAUGCUGACAGGGUUCUGCGCCCUCAACCAUCUUCUGUGGUUACACAACGAAUAAAGAUCAUUCAACUUGAUGAUGAUGAUGAGAUGGUGGAUGUUUCGCAGACGGGUGGGACAGGGAACGGAAACUUAGAAGGAACUGGAGGUGUGAUCGUUCCUCUGCAGCCUCAACCACUUGCAAAAAUCCCCGCCGCAGAUGCCCCAUCGGUGCUUUGGGAUGUCGGGCUGGAUUUGUUGGACUAUCCAGAGUUCUACAACGCCCAGAGGGAUGGUGGCCUUGUCACACAGGACUCAGCUUUCUGGAAUGAGCUAAUAGAAGAUAACUACCAGUCUGUGGAAGGGCUUUUCCUUCUCCCCAACAACAAGGAGUCCGACCUACGUCUGACUCAGGACCAGACGUUGGUUGGUGGUGGUGUCAUCUCUCAAGUUGGGAAUAAAGAUGUUGUUGCUUUGCAUGAGACAGCAGGGGAAUCAUCAACUGUGCCCACUGCUAUCAUUUCCACUCUCUUAGAAUCGGCCAUCGCACCAAGGGAGAUUGGAGGCGAAGACAAGGGAGAUGUUGCUGUGCAUGAACCUUCCGGAACAACAAAAGAGAAGGUCGACUCCACUCUUCCCGGCCUAUCACUGACACUAGGUUUGGGAUGUGGCUCAGGGGAACGUGAUGCUCUGACAUGCCCUUCUUCUAAUGUCGACAACACAUCUUCGGAGGGGAGUGAUACAGAGGGUGGGUUCUGA